AAACACGCACACACACAAUCCCCCCUCUCGUUUCUACAGCUCCCCCUCUUGUUCCUCGGUUAGCCUAGCAAUAACGCUAAUACUCAUAACCUAACCCAAACUCUCUAAAGUUUUAGACUAUUCGUGCUUAGUUGUAUGGGCAUAAAAUGGAGCAGCAAGCUACGCUGUUACAUCACUACCGUCGCGAUCGCCGAAAGCUGUUAGAGUUUCUGUUAUCGUCAGGUUUGAUCAAAGAGCCCCGUACUCCAUCUGGUCCUACUAAUUCACUCUCCAAUCUCGAUUUUGAUUCUCUUAGCGCCGAUUAUAUCAUCCACUGCGUUAAAUCAGCAGGUGGAGUCGUUGAUGUUACUGAAGCGACUAACAAGUACUCGGAUGAAUCUGCUUAUCCUGUCACGCUGCAGAUACAUUCUCAAACGAGGAGCUCCUAUUUUGUUGUUUCCGAACCAGAGUCAGCUGGUUCUCCCCCUAGGCGUGCGCCUCCUCCUCUGUAUGCUAAACAAGUGGCUGAUACAUCAUGUUUAUCAAGUCAAAUGGAUCGUGUACAUGUUGAGAAGGCCACUACGUCUGGGGAUGACAGCGGUCCUGGAUAUGAACCGGCGACAAAUGCACCUACCAGGCCCUUAGAGAAUUCUGAAUUUCCAAUUCCUUCACUUGGAUUACCUAGCCUAAAGACAGGAUUGUCUGAUGACGACUUGCGGGAAUCAGCCUACGAACUUUUGCUUGCAUCUAUAUUUUUUUCUGGGGUUGAAGCAAAUUCAGUUGAGGAUAGAAGGAAGGAAAAGACUUCUAAAUUUUUGUCAGGGUUGAAGAGUAAAAGGGAUAAAAUGCAAUCACAAUCUCAGUCUGUUGGAAGAAAGUCAGAACUAGUGGACAUUGUCCGUGUUCAGAUGCAGAUUUCAGAAGCAAUGGAUUCAUGCACUAGGCGGAAUUUGAUGCAGUUGGCAGCAAGGAAAAUGAGUGGACAAAUUGAUCUUACCCAUAUCGCUCUUGGGCUUUUGAAUGGAACUUUCAAGUCUGAUUUUCUUAAUGAAAGAUCAUAUAUGCAAUGGAAAAGUAGGCAGGCAAACAUUUUAGAAGAACUUCUAUGUUCUGCUACUGGUACAACAAAUGAACAUCUAACCAUCAGAAGCUAUGUUGCUAAAAUCAGAGAUGAGAAGGAAUGGGAUACCAUGAUGUCUGCUUCUGAACGUGUUGCAGUUGUAGCAUCUAUGAGACAGGUGGCUGUUAAACUAUCAUCCUUGCCUGCACAAUUUGGUAUUCAAGGUGAAACCUUCUAUUGGACUGCCAUCUAUCACGUGAACAUUAGACUUUAUCAGAAAUUACUGUUUGGGUUAUUUGAUGUUCUUGAUGAAGAUCAGCUCAUAGAGGAAGCUGAUGAAAUGCUGCUGCUUAUAAAAUUAACCUGGUCUACUUUAGGCAUUACUGAAACAAUGCAUGAUGCAUUAUAUGGGUGGGUCCUUUUUCAACAGUUUGUUAGAACAGGUGGGAGUGUGCUAUUAGAAAAUGCAGUUCUUCACUUGCAGAAGGUCCUAUCUACUGAAGAAGAUGACAGGAAGGAGCAGUAUAUGAAUAGCCUAGUAUGUACAAAGCAAUGCAAUGGCAGUCACUUGAAGUUGCAUCUGUUGCAGUCUAUUUUCGUCUCAAUAAGCAUGUGGUGUGACUAUAAACUGCAAGAUUAUCAUUCACAUUUCAGCCAGAAACCUUAUAACUUUCGAAUGAUAAUAUCCUUGGUGUCAGCAGUAGGGGUUCUUGCUUCUGAUGAAUCUGGUGAUCUGAAGUUGAUGAAAUUAAACGCUUCGGAUGCUAAAGCUUCUAGAAAACUUAAAUCCUAUGUCAAAAAGUCCACUGAAGCUGCAUUCAGGAAGGUAGCAAGUAAGGUGGAUUUUGAGUCUAAAAUAGAAAGGAUACAUCCCCUGGCUCAGCUUGCUAAAGAACUGAAGUUGAUUGCUGAGACAGAGUUCAAUGUGUUUCACCCGGUGUUACGUUGCUGGUGUCCUGAGUCUGUGACUAUAUCAGUUGUGCUAUUGCACCAAUUUUAUGGGGAAAGACUGAAACCUUUCCUCAAGGGAGUGUCAUCUGUUUCUGGAGAUGCUAGAUCAGUGCUUCCAGCUGCUUAUAUGUUGGAUCAGUACCUGACUAAGCUAUAUACUUCUGCUUUGGAAGCCAAUAAGUUGCCGAAUUCUUUCAAUCAAGAUUUCAAACACUAUCAGAUUGGAGAAAUUUCGAAACCAUUCAUUCUUGAUUGGGUGAUUUCUCAGCAUUCUCAUAUCUUGGAAUGGACUGGACGUGCUUUUGAUAUUGAGGAUUGGGAGCCUUUAUCAUAUCAUCAGAGACAUGCGGCAUCAAUAGUUGAAGUUUUUAGGAUUAUAGAGGAGACUGUGGAUCAAUUAUUUGGCUUCAAUCUUCCUAUGGAUAUUACACAUUUACAAGCCCUGCUAUCUGUGAUUUUUCACAGCUUGGAUGCCUAUUUGAUGAAAAUGCUCAAUCAGUUAGUUGAGAAAAACCAUCUCUACCCAUCAGCGCCUCCUAUAACUCGCUAUGCAGAGACUGUUAUUCCAAUGAUAAAGAGAAGUUUGGUGGUUGGUACACUUUUGGAUGAGAAUGUUGCUCGUAAGUUGAAUGAAUUGACUAUACCAAAACUCUGCAUCAGGUUGAACACUCUUCAAUAUAUUCAGAAACAAGUUGCCAUUCUAGAAGAUGGAAUUAGAAAGUCAUGGGGACUGAUUAGACCAUCUCUUGACCAAAGACAAACGAAAGAAGAGGUCCUGGAAGAGAGGAGUUUGCUAACAAGCAGUGAAGCAGUUGAUGCGCUGUUCGCCACCACAUGUCACAUAAUCAGGGACACCACAACAGAUGCUAUCAGAAAAUUUUGCGACUUUACUGGAGCAAGAGUUGUGUUUUGGGAUCUGAGAGAUCAAUUCCUCUUUCAUUUAUAUCGUGGCGAUGUUGGAAGUUCUCGCUUGGAAAGUUUUCUUCCUCAUGUUGAUACUGUUCUUGAUCAUAUAUGUGGUUUGAUUGAUGAUACUCUCAGAGACCUUGUGGUUUUAAGCAUCUGUCGUGCAUCUUUGGAGGGUUAUGUGUGGGUAUUGCUGGAUGGAGGUCCUUCUCGUGCAUUUUCUGAUUCAGAUAUCACAAUGAUGGAAGAUGACCUUAAUGUAUUGAAGGAAUUCUUUGUUGCUGAAGGAGAAGGCCUUCCUCGUUCCUUAGUUGAGCAAGAAGCGAAAUUUGCCCAACAAAUACUUGGCUUAUUUUCCCUCAAGACUGAAACUGUUAUUCGCAUGCUGAUGAAUGCAAGUGAACACAUAUCAAUCAGAGUGGAUUCUCAACAUGGUCACAUGGGCUUGGAAGAUGCCCAUACUUUAGUACGAGUGCUAUGCCACAAGAAAGACAGAGAAGCGUCUAAAUUCUUAAAACAGCAAUAUGAGCUUCCCAUGUCUUCAGAGUAUGAUGACACUUCAUCAAGGGAUUCAAAUUUUGGAUCACCUCUUAUACCAGAUCUUCUUAAGCGAAGUACCUCAUUUCAUUGGCCGAAAAAUGGCCAAAGCAGUUUCAAAUCGAUAAGGAAGAAACUUCAAGCAGCAACAUCUGAAAUCAGGGAUGUGGCCCGGUAACAGUGCUGCCUCUUGGUAUUUUGUCAUCUUUAUUUCUGGUGUCGACUUCAACAGAACUAGUUGGAGUUUAUUUUGCAAGUCAUUGGAAAAUUCUGCACCAUAUAUAUUUGUGUGUAAAUCAAUUAUGAUCCUGGUGUCAUACAACCAGCUACCUCAUUUCAUUGGCCGAAAAAUGGCCAAAGCAGUUUCAAAUCGAUAAGGAAGAAACUUCAAGCAGCAACAUCUGAAAUCAGGGAUGUGGCCCGGUAACAGUGCUGCCUCUUGGUAUUUUGUCAUCUUUAUUUCUGGUGUCGACUUCAACAGAACUAGUUGGAGUUUAUUUUGCAAGUCAUUGGAAAAUUCUGCACCAUAUAUAUUUGUGUGUAAAUCAAUUAUGAUCCUGGUGUCAUACAACCAGCUACCUCAUUUCAUUGGCCGAAAAAUGGCCAAAGCAGUUUCAAAUCGAUAAGGAAGAAACUUCAAGCAGCAACAUCUGAAAUCAGGGAUGUGGCCCGAUAACAGUGCUGCCUCUUGGUAUUUUGUCAUCUUUAUUUCUGGUGUCGACUUCAACAGAACUAGUUGGAGUUUAUUUUGCAAGUCAUUGGAAAAUUCUGCACCAUAUAUAUUUGUGUGUAAAUCAAUUAUGAUCCUGGUGUCAUACAACCAGCUACCUCAUUUCAUUGGCCGAAAAAUGGCCAAAGCAGUUUCAAAUCGACAAGGAAGAAACUUCAAGCAGCAACAUCUGAAAUCAGGGAUGUGGCCCGGUAACAGUGCUGCCUCUUGGUAUUUUGUCAUCUUUAUUUCUGGUGUCGACUUCAACAGAACUAGUUGGAGUUUAUUUUGCAAGUCAUUGGAAAAUUCUGCACCAUAUAUAUUUGUGUGUAAAUCAACUAUGAUCCUGGUGUCAUACAACCAGCUACUUCCUAGGCAAGACGGAUAUGUUUAGUUAUAGAAACGACUUGCUGCUGUCCCCAUAGUUAUGGGAAUUUGUUUCUGUAUUGCUCAUUUUGUAGUACAGCGCAAUCCCAGCCUCUCCCCCCCUCUUCAGGGUCUUUGUAUUUUUUUUCUUCUGAGCCUUUUCGAGCCGGUAAUGGUUCGUACAGCUAGAGCUAGCAUUUUAUGAUUCAACGCUCGUCUCUGUAACUUUAGCGAAGUCACUUCUAGGUAGGCGAGUGAGGUCUUAGAAGGGCCUUCGUGGAAAUGUCAAUGUCCGCAACUGCUGAUUAGUCUCUCUCUAUCACAAUGAAAGCUUUUGCUACAAUGAGAACAGUUGGAUUUGUCUAUCUGUUUACGCAAAUCAUACUCCCUAGUUAAGCCUGUCACAAUCGGAGCACGGGAAAGCACAUUGGAACCCACUGGCACUUCUAUCUAUAGUUUUUAAAGCCGGCCGUCUCGGCGAUUUUACUUGAAGAAACUAGAUUUAAAGCUUGGUCUGGAUUGAACUGAACGAAACAUAGAAGUGCAAUUAUUGUAAAAAGGGUAGACCAGCUGAUUGAUUGAUAAUUGAUUGGCAAGCGGUUCCUGAGUGGAUGAUGACUCAGAGAUUGGUCCCACCAACUUCGCAGCUUCCAUUUUCGUGUGCAAGAGAUGAAGUGAUUCAAGCUGGUCCAGUGUGUAUUAAAAAGCUGUCAUUAUAGUGUGAGAGCACAAGUAUUUUAUAAGAGAUCUCUUGGGUUUGAAAUUUAAAUAUCAUGAUCUGUCUUGACUUUUUCUAA